AUGACUAUAGAAAAUCACAACGAAUACUGCAUCCUGGUCGACAUAGGAAGUUCGGCCAAUGUGAUCUAUUCCGAAGCUUUCGAAAGAAUGGUGGUUCCUCGGUCACACCUCCGACCCGUGAAGACCCCCAUGCAUGGCUUUGUCGAAGAGAAAGUGAUCUCCGAAGGAACCAUUUCCCUCCCGGUAACUGCAGGAGAAGGGAAACACCAAGUCACCCUUAUGGUGGACUUUCUUGUUGUUAACAUACCAUCGGUGCACAACAUUAUCCUGGGCAGACCCUCCCUCAAUGCAAUGAGAGCAGUCGUCUCAACAUAUCACCUGAUGAUGAAAUUUCCAGCUGAGGAAGGAAUAGGCUACCUCCGAGGUGACCAACGCGAAGCUCGGAGAUGUUACGCUAUAGCGGUCAGAAAAGAAUCCAUCAAGCAAGUGCUUGCAGUUAAUGUCUUGGAUCCGCGAGGACCCACCAGGGAUUCGUCUGUAGAAGACCUGGAGAAGGUACCCCUUGAUGAAGCUAAUCUAAGGAUCUCCCCUGAGGUUUUGGUCCAUAGGCUGAAUGUGGAGCCAGAUCACAAACUGGUAAAGCAAAAGAGAAGACCAUUCGAUGCCGAGCGCUAUGAAGCCAUUGCCGAGGAGGUCUCCAUCCUACUCGAUGUCAGUUUCAUAAAGGAAGUGUAUUACCCCGACUAG